AUGGUUGCAGCGAGUGCGAGCGAGAGAUCCGAGCCUUCUUCUCCUAAGCGUUUGAAAUUAGAGGAGCCAUCAAGCGAUGCAACUGUUUCGGAGGAAGAUCUGACAAAUGAUCUUCGACUUUUUGACGAAGAGUGGAAAAAGAGCGGGGGUUUUGAUGUCGACUUCUCGAAACUUCGUCACACAUUCGGUGCCGGAGCUGUGGAUCUCGACGACGAUGACCUGGUUGAUGAGCAUGAUACCAACAGAGAUUUGCUCAACAUGUUAUCGGAGAUGGCUAUCUCGUACUACAAGGAAGAGACGGAUACAAGCCUGGAACUUGUCAAGGUUUUGAGAGCAAAUUUUCACCCAUCAGCUGCGAUCACGCUCUUCAUCACAUUCGAAGCCAAUGAUCUUUCAGAUGGCAAUCAGACAAAACUGUAUCAGGCGGUGGUUCGGUACUUGCCCGUUGAUAUCGAAGUAUGCUCUUGCUGGCCUAAACCCUUGUGA